AUGGGCCGAAUCAGCACAAAUAAUGAACCAUGCAGUGGGCACCCUGUUGAGGUGACCCCUCCAGAAAUUACAGAAAAAAAUCAUAAAAUCAUCUUGGCUGACCGGAGAGUGAAAGUGAGGGAGGUAGCAGAAUCAAUAAGGAUCACAACAGAACGUAUUCGAAAUAUUUUAAAUGAACACUUAACAAUGAAAAAGCUUUGCGCCAGGUGGGUGCCGCGUUUGCUCGCUCCAAACCAAAAACAGCGUCGUAAGGAUGUUUCGGCUGAUUGCUUGGCACACUACAGGCGUAACCCAACUGAGUUUUUGCGUCCAUUCAUUACUGUCGAUGAAACAUGGUUCCAUCUUUACACCCCCGAGACAAAACAGCAGUCGAGACAGUGGACCAAAAAAAGAGAACCUCCGAAGAAAGCGAAGACAGUUGCAUCGGCCAGUAAGGUUAUGGCCACCAUCUUUUGGGAUGCGAGGGGAAUAAUUUUUAUUGACUACCUCCAAAAGGGAAAAACAGUUAGUGGGGAAUAUUAUGCCACUCUAGUACAACGUUUACAACAGGAAAUUAAAGUAAAACGGCCAGAUUUGCCGAAAAAAAAGGUGCAGUUUCAUCAGGACAAUGCACCAGUCCAUACUUCAGUCAUUGCGAUGGCUACAAUUCAUGAAUUAAAAUUUGAAUUGGUUCCCCACCCUCCCUACAGACCCCAUUUAGCCCCAUCUCACUUCCACCUUUUCCCAAACCUCAAAAAGUGGUUGUGUAGUAAGAGGUUUAUGACAACAUCAAAGCAGCAAAUAGUUAUUUUGAAGAUUUCUACAAAUCGUUGUAUUACUCCGGUGUAA